AUGGCUAUGGCUGCUAAAGGAGAAGAAGAGAAAUGGGUGAAACAUUACUCAUCAACCCAUCAACUUCUUCUAGUGGGUGAAGGAGAUUUCUCCUUUUCUUUGUCUUUAGCCCUUUCCUUUGGCUCUGCUACAAACAUCUGCGCCUCUUCUCUUGAUUCAUACGUAACGGUGAUCAGCAAAUACAAGAAAGCAAAAUCAAAUUUGGAAACUCUAGAGAGGCUGGGAGCAUGCAUUUUACAUGGUGUUGAUGCAACCAAAAUGAAGGUUCAUCCUCAUUUGCGAAUGAGGAAGUUUGAUCGAAUCAUCUUCAACUUUCCUCAUGCAGGCUUUCAUGGAAAGGAACAUAAUGUGCUUAUGAUUAAGAUGCAUAGGAGUCUUGUGCAGGGUUUUUACAGAAAUGCAAGCGGCAUGUUGAGGGCUAGUGGUGAAGUUCAUGUAAGCCACAAAACAACUGGUCCAUUUUGCAGCUGGAAUCUUGAGGAACUUGCUUAUAGAAACUCCCUGUCAUUAAUCGAGUGCGUCGGUUUUAAGAUAGAAGAUUACCCUGGUUACAACAAUAAGAGAGGAGAUGGUUGGAUAUGUGAUGAGUCCUUUCCCUUGGGUGAAUGCAGUACCUUCAAAUUUAGAUUCUCUCAAUCUUCGAAGAAGAAAUCUAGAAGGACAAGGAACAAGAGAAAUGCUAACAGAAGACCUCAGCAACUUCAAGAGUUACCAAUCCAAACGCAGAAGCAGGGAAGUUCAAUUGGUCUAACACAUUAUCAUACAAAUUUAACCAUAGAUAUUAAUAGAUUCCCAGGAUAUGUGGGGGUACCUUUAACGAUAAAUAUGAGAAGAGAAAACCCCUGGAACUUUUAUGGUAGCUUUAAUAAGGCAAGGGAGACAUUGGCAAGAGCUGGUAAUGGUGUGGACUAUUUUGUUCAGGAACCGCACCGGUUUGACAGUUUUAGACAUCCUCCCACAAAUUUCAACAGAAAUAUGAAUGACCAACAAGAAAGUGCAAGGAUCUCUAGCAGUUGCUUCAGCUUCAAUAAUGUUAGGGAGACACUUGGAAGAGCUGGUCAUAGAGUGGACUAUACAGUUCAUGGAUCAGUUAUUCUUGGCUUGGAAAGGUAUAUGGAAGAAGCACCUGAAAGAACCUUAAAUGGUUAUGCAUAUAUGGAUGAACUUCGCCGUUCAAACAGUGUGAGAUCAGCGCGGCUGCGAAGCAUGGUGUUGGAUUAUGGGGAUCGGGGUUAA